AUUGUUCUUAAAUGAAUUUUACUGAACUCGUUCGCAGUCUCUCCGUGGAUAUAAAGAAAAUAAACAAUGCAAAUGCUCUUCAGUUUUAUAAACAAAUUCUUUGUCUGUUAAAGAAAAAUAUAAUCUAUUUGAAUAGUUAUUCUUUGGAGAAUACUGAGGACGGGGAUAUCCUUGGGAUCUUUAAUAUAUAUAUUCAUUUUUACAAAGAAUGUAUGCAACAUUUUGUCCCUUGUUUGUUUUCUGUGCCUUUACUUCACUGCUUUGAGAAACCUCCACAGAUAACGGUCGAUACUCAUUAUGAGCGUUUUCAUCUUUUGAAUCAAACAUUAGUUCACUCUGAUGGGAGAAUAUGUGUAAACGAUUUUAUGACAUGGGGGAAUGAUUCCCGGUUUGUGGAACUCUUUGACAAGAUUAUUGACAGCUUCCAGUUUGAUCCCUCGCAUAUGACGAUUAAGGACCCCGAGGAUGUCUCGAAAUACUCCUACACCGAGAUUCCAUACGAGGAGCUAACGUUUGGUAAGCCAAUCGGCAAAGGCGGCUACUCCACUGUCUACCAAGGAACCUGGAAAGGAAUGGAUGUCGCCCUCAAAGUCUUGUAUACGAACGUGAACUACGAGUUAAUCAAAAAAGAGACGAGCAUUCAGCGAAAAAUCCGCCACAAGAAUAUCCUCCCUCUCUACGGCGUGUCUCGCUGUGAGAAAGGGAACCAGACGGAAUACAUUCUCGUUCUGGAACUCGCCGACUACUCCCUCGAUGUCGUCACGCAGACCUACUCCAAAAAACUGAGCAACAAGCAGAAAAUGCAGAUCCUGGUGGAGAUCGCGCAGGGAAUCGCGUGGAUGCACACGUUCGGGUUCAUUCAUCGCGAUCUCAAGACGAACAACAUUCUGAUCAAGGACGGACAUCCGCUUAUUGCCGACUUCGGACUCUCGCGCGAGCUCCAGAACCAGAGCAGCAUCUUCAUGACGACGGUGGGGACGCCGUUGACAAUCGCGCCGGAGAUCGUGAAUCAAGAGGAAGCGUCCAACAAGGCCGAUGUCUACAGUUUUGGAUGCAUUAUCAGCGAGGUGGUUAGCGAGAUGCGCUGCUGGAGCGAGAGGAAGAUUCGGGAUAAGGCAGAAGUGGAACUGUGA